UCUCUGAUUCGUCAGCCGAUUGUGUUUAUUCACUAACUAGUUCCUGAGUUCGAUAAGUUAAUGGCCUGUCUUUGUUGUGAUUUCGUGUCAAUAACAUCCAGUGAUAAGCCCCGUCUUGCACAUAUUUUAGUUUCGAAACCGUUUUGGAGUUGUUAAUGUCGCAGUCACGGACGCGUAAGGCGCCGGGUGUGGGCGCUGCCCCGCGGUCCCGGCCGCCGGCGAAGGCCUCUGAUGUCUCAGUGAAACCCCAACAGCAGCCACAGACCAACCCACCUCGGAGUAAGAGCAAGAUACCGAAGAGCGUACGAUACGACUUAGAGAAUGCAUUAGUUGGACUAUGUGACGUGUGGUUCGAGGAGAUCAAGCCGCACCUGCUGCGCAACAACAUCAAGGUGCACGUGCACGGCGCGGGCGCAGGCGAGGGCGGCGCGGGCGGCGGCGACCAGCGCACGCGCCUGCCGCCCGGCGCGCCCGGCUGCUCACACCUCGACCCAGCGCUGUCGGCGCCGCGCUGUGAGCUAUGCCGACUGUUGUUCAACGCAGCCAACAGCAUCGAGAGCGCCGUCUCGCAGGCCGCGACAGCUGUCAUUCAAGCCCCUGUCGCCGGUGCAUUCUCCACAGACACCCCUAUCACCAGAGAACCCGCAUCCUAGUCACGACGCUCCUUGCGUUUGCCCGGUGAAGCGCGUGCGCAUACGCCGUCGCCGCCGGCACGCACCGUCGUGGCAGCCCG